CGAAAAAACAAUAUUUGCGAUAACGUCCGAGUUUAUAAAAGAGAAAAAAUUUUCAUGAUCACUAUCAGUUACUUUUUGGACUUAGUAUUAAAUUAAUGGUGACAAUUCGCAAAAAGGGAUUCUUAUCAUGAAUAAAAUAUAUUUUAUUGCUGUUAUAACAAUAGCAGCAACAAUAGUUGAAGCCUAUUAUCCAGGCGAUAAGCCAAUAAAGCCAGUACCUACGAAAUGUCCAAAAACAAAUACAGGUGAUGCAGUUCAUAUUGCGCAUGAAAAUGAUUGUACAAAAUUUUACAAAUGUGAUUGGGGCAAAAAAGUUUUGUUCGAUUGUCCCUUUAUGAAUGAAAAGAAAGAACGAUUGCACUUUAAUAAAAUUUUACAAGUUUGUGAUUGGCCCUGGAGUGCUGGAUGUGAAGAUGAUGAUGAUAAUGAUGAUCAUUCAACAACAACUGAGGAACCAACAACAACGACAACUGAGGAACCAACAACAACAACAACAACAACUGAAAAACCAACAACAACAACAACUGAAGAACCAACAACGACAACAACUGAGGAACCAAUAACAACAACACCAACUGAUGAUUUUUAUACACCAUCAUCAACAACUCCUAUUAUAAUAAUUCCCGAUGAAUGUCCCAAAGGACCAGGAGCGGAUGAAGUUAAAAUUCCCGACAAAAAUGAUUGUAAAAGUUAUUAUGUUUGUCAUAAAGAUGGCACAUCACAUAAGGAAACAUGUGAGGAAGAUUAUGUUUUUGAUCCAAGACUUCAGAUGUGUGAUUGGGACGAUGGAACAAUUUGUUCCAAUUUUUCAACAACAACAUCAACAACAACACUUAAACCAACACCAAAACCUGGUAAAUGUCCACCAGUUGAUAAUCCAAAUAAACCUAUUUAUUAUCCACAUGAAUGUGAUUGUAAUCUUUAUUAUGUAUGCGAGAAUGGUAAAGAACUUAAAAAAUAUUGUCCUGAAGAUGAGGGUUUUGAUUUGAAGAAGAAAAAAUGUGUUCCAAUGUCAGAAGCUCAUUGUGUCGUGAAAGUAAUAGUUAAAGAAUUUAUACCAACCAAUAAUAAUGAAAAAAUAACUACAAAAGAUUCAUUUUUUUAUAAACUCUUUCAUUGGAAUUAAACACAUAAUGUGCAAUAAACAUCUAUAUCAAUUGUAAAAAAAAAAUAUAUAUUUAUUAUUAUAUUUCAUUUAGUAUUAAUUAUUUAGUAUUAAAAGUAUUUAUAAUAAAGAAAAAUUUCAUUUAUCAUUUAUUUGUUUCUAAUUAAUAAAACAAUAGUUUUCAAUGUAUUUUAUUAUAAAUACUAUAUACUUAAAUAUAUGUAUUUAAAUAUUAUUUUUAUAAAGCGCAAUUAUUUAUUACUAAAUAUGUUUGUAUUACAAUUAUUAAUUUCAUUCAAUUAAAUAUAAAUAAAUAAUAUCUAACAUGUUGUAAUUAAUUAAUGUAUAUGUGACACGCUCUCUGAAAAAAGGGACCCUAGAAGCAAAAAAAAAAUUAUAGGUUAUGUUUUAAAAUUUCGAAGUGAAAAUAAGAAGAUCAAUUUUCAAUACAAAUUAUUGAUAUUUAAAUCCAAAAUAUUUAAUAAAAACUGAUUUUUAUUUUAUAAUAAAUAGAAAGAAACUUUUAAUCAAGGUAAAAUUAUCGUAAACAUAACCUAUAAUUCGUUUGCUUCUAAGGUCCCUUUCUUUAAAGCGCGCCACAUUUAAAAGCGUAUAAAUAAAUCAACAAUUAGUAGAAAUAUUA